AUGGACUUAGUGUCCAAGAAGAAGCCUGACUUCCUGUUUCUUAUGGAAACCAAGGAUGCGCGGACUCAUGCAGAGUGUUUACGUGUUAAGCUUGGUUUUGAAAGCCUUUUUUACGUUGAUAGUGUGGGAUUGAAUGGUGGUUUGGCGUUGUUUUGGAGGAGGAAUUGUACGGCAAGACUGCUGUGCUAUUCGAAGAAUCAUAUUGAUGUGGAGGUUAGUGUUGCUGGUUUUGAGUGCUGGCGUAUGAUGUGCUUUUAUGGUUACCCUGAGCGCAACAGAAGGAGUGAUUCGUGGGAGCUGCUUCGAUCUCUUUUGACUUCUUCUGACUUACCUUGGGUAGUUAUUGGGGAUUUUAACGACCUACUCUUUCAGCAUGAGAAGAGGGGCGGUAAUCCUCACCCAGACGCCCUCCUUCGCGGUUUUGGGGAGGCGGUAGAGGAUUGUGGUCUGUCUCAACUCCCGUUGCGGGGAUAUCAGUUCACUUGGGACAGAGGCAAGGGUACUGCGGAUUGGAUGGAAGAGAGGUUGGAUAAAGUCUUCGCUAAUGAAAGGUGGAGGGGGCUGCAGGAAGUGGCUAUCGUGGAAAAUUUGUUAACCCGCACAUCUAAUCACUCAGCUUUAUUCCUGAAUCUCUCUAGUGGGGUUGGGCGACGUAGUGGUAUGCGGGGUGGAUUCAAGUUUGAGAUGGCCUGGCUGUUGGAUGAAGGUUGUAGGGGGGUGGUGGAAAAUGCCUGGCAGGAGGGUAGAGCCGGCGGCCUAUUGCACUGUUUACACCACUGUGGAGAAAGAUUACACCGGUGGGGGGGCGACCGCUUCUAUAAUUUUGGCAAACAGAUGAAGCAGCUGCGAGAUGCCCAGUAUAGGCUCAGGGGUCUGCGUGACCCUGUGUCACUUGCUGAAUUCUCACGCCUUGAAAAUCUCAUUACCCAACUAGAGGCUGAGGAGGAUGUCUAUUGGAGGCAGCGGGCAAAGCAGCACUGGCUUCAGGGGGCUGAUGCUAACACAAGGUUUUAUCACAGGUAUGCCUCUGCCCGUAAGAAGAAAAAUUAUCUAUCUAGACUAAAGAAUGAUGCGGGUGAGUGGGUAGAGGGUGAUUUACUGAAACCUGAUGAUAAUGCACUAUUACUGCGCCCUUUUGAGAUGUCUGAAGUCAAGGAGGCUCUGUUUUCGAUGUUCCCAGAUAAGGCUCCUGGGCUUGACGGGAUGAACCCGGGGUUUUAUCAGCACUAUUGGGAUGUCGUGGGAGGGGAUGUGUCGGAUUUUGUGCUUGGUUGUUUGAACUCUUGUUCUUUCCCUGAGGGCCUUAAUGCCACGAAUGUGGUAUUAAUCCCCAAGAAGAAGGUCCCGGAGCGAGUGUCAGACUUAAGACCAAUUGCUCUGUGUAAUGUGGUUUACAAAAUCAUGGCAAAGAUCUUAGCAAACAGGAUGAAACGGCUAAUAACAGAUAACAUCCUGGUUGCGGCAGAAGUAGGGCAUUAUCUAAACAGAAAACAAACUGGCUUGGCUGGUUGGGGGGCCUUGAAGUUAGACAUGGCAAAGGCAUACGACCGAAUGGAGUGGCCUUUCUUAGAGAGAAUGUUACGAGCUCUGGGUUUUAAUGACAAGUGGGUUGAGUUGAUUAUGUUGUGUGUCUCCACAGUUUCCUAUAGCUUUCUGAUUAAUGGUUCCCCAUCUGCUGAUGUGGUGCCAUCCCGCGGAUUGCGCCAAGGUGAUCCCCUUUCCCCGUAUUUAUUUAUCAUUUGUGCUGAAGGAAUUUCGUUGUUGCUCCAGAAGGCUCAGGCAGAUGGAUCUAUUCGAGGAGCUAAUGCCCAGGAGGCAGGAGCGGUUAAACAUUGUUUGGAUUUGUAUGAGAGUAUGUCUGGGCAGGCAGUAAAUUAUCAUAAGUCUAGUGUUUGCUUUAGUAGGAACACUCAUGCUCAGCACAGGGAGGAGGUGGUGGGUUUACUUGGAGUCACUCAGGCACCAAAUUUUGGGAAAUAUCUGGGCCUGCCAGCUUUUGUUGGUAGGAACAGGAAGCAGGCUUUUUCUUAUAUUGAGGACAAGAUCAAGCAGCGGAUUUUGUCAUGGAAUAAGAGGCUACUCACACAGGCGGGGAAAGAGGUCUUGUUGAAAAGCGUAGCUCAGGCCAUGCCUACGUUUUCAAUGAGUGUGUUUUUGUUGCCUGACUCGGUGUGUACUUCUCUUGAGAGAACCAUGAAUAGAUACUGGUGGGGUUCUGGGACAGUGGCAGAGAGGAGGAUACAUUGGAAAGCUUGGGAUCGGUUAUGCCUGCCUAAGAAGUUUGGGGGAUUAGGCUUCAAAGAUCUACGUGCUUUUAAUUUGGCUAUGCUAGGCAAGCAGGCAUGGCGUUUCCUCACAAAACCCACCUCUCUUGUUGCAAAAGUUUAUAAGGCAAGGUACUACCCCAAAACCUCUUUUAUUGAUGCUUUUGUUGGUGGUUGUCCAAGUUACUGCUGGCGCAGUAUCAUGGCAGCUCAUGGUUUAAUAUGCAGUGGUGUGAGACGUAGAAUUGGAGAUGGGGAAAAUACAUUGAUUUGGGGACACCCCUGGCUACCUGAUGACCCAUCCCCAAUGAUUCAAACACCUAUGCCCGAGCAUCUAAAUGGUUCUGUUGUGGCUGGGUUGAUCGAUAACGGCAGUUGGGAUUAUUCAGUUUUGAAUGAUAUUUUUGAUCCACAAGAUGUGGAGCACAUUUCAAGGAUCAAAAUCCCCCCAAAAUGGAAAACCUUUCUAUGGAGAGCCUUAACAAAUACACUACCUGUCACUACCAACUUAGUUAUAAGGAGAGUAGAGGUUGAUCUUGAAUGUCCAAAGUGUGGCUUAGACCAUGAAACUAUUGUGCAUGCAUUAAUAUCUUGUGACUAUGCACAACAAGUGUGGAAUGAGUCAGGCUUGACUAUUCCACCUCAUGAAGAUGGUUCUUUCACUGCUUGGUUCUCAUCCCUUAUGCGUGGUUUGACAGGUGAGGAGGUUCGGCUUGCUGCGGCUCUGCUCUAUCACCUCUGGCGUGCAAGAAACUCAGCUGUUUGGGAUGGCUGCCUACAACGGCCAGGGGCGGUAAAGGCAGCGGCUGUCGCGACGCUGCAAGCUUGGCGAGCGGUGCAUGGUGGCGAGGCUGCUGCCGACGAGGAUUCAUCUACAACGAAUACACCGCCGGCUCUCCCACCAUCAACGUUGAUGCAAUGCUAUUUCGACGCCAGUUACUGCACCGCCACUAUGAAAGCUGCUUUCGGCAUUGUGCUCCUCACGGCGGAAGGAACUUUCGUUUCGGCCUGCGCGGGACCCCUCCCGGACUGCUUCUCUCCCUUGAUGGCUGAAGCGCUUGCAUGCAAAGAGGCCACCUCGUGGAUUCAUGACAGAGGCCUGACGCACGUAGCAUUUUACACUGACUGUUCCCAGCUACGCUCUCUAAUCACACAGGCGGCGUUUGUCCGAUCACAUGCAGGCUUUGCCGUUGAGACAUGUAGGGCGUUUUUUUCCUCGUUUAGCAAUUGCGUUAUUCAUUCAGUUUCUAGAACGGUAAAUGGCAUAGCACAUUCUCUUGCGGCUACGGCCUACUCGCAGACUACUACUUUGUAUUGGGACUCUAUCCCACCUGAUUCCAUUUCUGCUCUUUUGGCUUAA